AUGCAAUUACGCGUCUGCAAAAGUGAAAUCGGCUGCGAAUUCACGGAUUCGGAGUGGAGCUGUGGCUGGGAAUUUGGUGAAAGUAACAGCAGUAUCCGACUAACUGAUCAUCACUCACGCUUCCGUAUGAGGCACAAAACUAAGAAGAAGAAGACGAGAAACGAGAAUUCCGAUAUACCAUUAGCUGCUUCACCAUCAUGUUCGACAAUCUUCGAAGAAUCGCUGAGUAUGAUUGACAAAGAGAAUUACGAGAAUUCAAUCUUUUUCCCAAAUGGAGACAUUUACAACGAGUCGGCAUUGGUGUCUUCAUCCGUCUGCGUAGUCAAAGGAGAAGAAGCGGUCAGUCCAGCCAAGGUACUCGGUGAGGGAAAACCGAAGAAUACUGAAAAUCAACAAGCCGAAGAAGAUGUCAAGAGUGUGAAUAGUGUUGAUAGCAACGGUUUCACAUACCAGACCGCCAACGAUGAAGAGGACCGUUCGUCAAUUGGUAGCAUGAAUUCGGAACUAAGGAAUUCUCGCCUUUCAGUGCUGUUAAGUGAAACCACGCAGAAAAAGUUCACAACAAAAAAUCACCAUCCUCGUAGCGGCAGAGAUUCAUCUGCACUCUCGUGCGAACGCAAGAAACGAAUUUUUCGGGAUCCUGUUAGAGUUUUGCCGGACGUUAUGGUUGAGAGCAAUGAUCAUCGAUCACUCCGCGAUGUAGUGUCAUCGUUUGGCGAUGUGAACACUAGCGAGGAUCAACGAGCACUGGAUCUAAGUAUUAUUAACAAAACGAUCGAAGAUAACACUUCAUAUCUUUCUCGAAUCUGCAUGAGAAAUGAUUUAAUGUCUUUGGGUGUACUAAAGGGUGUCGCUCUGGUGUCGGGAACAAAGCAUCCAGCGCUGAGUCGGGAACUUCGACGCUUGGUCGAGAGCGAAACCAGAGAUCUUGUCAUUCAGGAUCCUCCUAAAGAGACACUUGAUCAUCGAUCUGCUGUGGACCUAUUAUUCGACUGGUUUGAUAGCUCGGAAGAUUUUAAUGAACAGUUCAGGAAGUACCAAUUUCUACACAAUUUGGCCGAGUGCCAAAGUAUGUCUGCUGCUAAAUGGGAUCACCUUAUGGACGCUGUUUCGCGAGUUUUGGGGAUAGAAACUGUGAUAAUGAGAAGAGGGCGAUCGGAUACAAAAAAGGAGAAUACCGCGGGUCGUCGUCCUUAUUCUGACAUAUUGAAUGUUCGUAUGGAAGAUGGUGUUCCUGUUCGUGAAGAUUGCGCAAAUCAGUUGAGUUCAGCAUCGACGAGCCCAGCACCUUCAGAUCCUGAUCCCGACGAGAAGACCAGUGUUACUGUCGCCACAGCGAGAAGAAUUUCACUUGAAUGUGACAGUCUCGACUUGAAAACGAACGCCCCAAUGCCAAAAAUAAAAACCAGACCGCGAUCCGUCUCGCGCACCCGUGCAACUCGUCUGGCAUUGAUACCCCCGAAUGAACGUGAGGCUAAACCUUCCAGCGAUUUACCACAAACUGAAAAUGAUCCUUCAGUGGAGACAUCUUACGGUGAAUUCGUACCUACAUCUGAUGGUGACCCACCGUCACCAAUUCCCCCACCUCCGUCACCUCCUAUUCAGGGACUGAGAAGUCAAUCGUUCUCUGUGUCUUUUGUUACUGCAAUAUCUCCUGCCAAAUGUCGGCAGUCUAAACCUUCUGAUUCCAUUGCACCUCCGUCACCUACACUGCUCCUUUCCCCUCCUGAUUUCUUACCAGAAGAUACACUAGCCUCUGACAAUCACUCAUCCGUCGAACAACCUCCUGCCAUUACUAAUGCUCCACCUGCACCUCCUCCACCUCCAUCUGGCUUCCUCGAAAAACCUUCACUGAGUAUUGCAUGCUUGACUGAUGACUCAUAUCAACCGGGACCUUCCACAGUAUCUGUGAGUUCUUCAUGCGCUGUUGUUGAUGAGCCGACACUAGUUGCGAGUUCCCCAAGUACUUCUCCUGUCCAAUGCUUUUCAACAAAUUCAGCGCCACCACCUCCGGCUCCACCUCCACCACCACCUCCUCCACCUGGUCUCUUUACUGGUGGACAUGCUCCACCUCCACCACCACCACCUCCUCCUGGCAUCUUUUCCAAAUCCAGCUCAUCUGGCUUGAGUUUAUCGCCGUCAUGUGCAGCCAGAAGUGACGAAGUUUAUCCAAAAAAGAAGAAAACAUAUACUCUGCUCUGGCAGGCCGUUAGUCAGCAAGCCAUUACAAAUGUGCAUACUGUAUGGAACGAAUAUUCCAGGCCUGAAUUUAGAGCAGAGGAACGGGAUCAGGUUCAAAUGUUGUUUGAAAGAACGGAGCCAACCACAUUAUCCCGUUUCUCCAGCGAAAGAAGAAGUUUGCGCGAAAGAUCCAAAUCGGACGUUGCAUUUGAUCUUCCGCAACAAAAAGCUCUCAACCUUGAAAUUGUUCUAGCCAAGCUACGUCCUCUAACUGUUAUGGACUUGAUUGCUCGACUUGAAACUACGAGCAUGGAUGGUAUAUCAACUGAUUUGUUGUGUUCUCUUGUGAAAUAUUUUCCCACAGAUGAAGAGAUGCUGAUGUAUAAAAAUGCUCUUCGUGAAAACGUGAAAAGAAGUUGUGACAUUUUGUGUUGGGAGGCUGCUCGACGCCCGACGCUAAAAAUGAGAGCGGAGCUGGCAAUCGCGAGGGAGCAGAUCCUCUCUGAUUUCGCCCGCCAUGCGGAAUCAACAGAACGAAUUCGAACGGCUUGUGAUGCUCUGCGUUCUCCUAUUCUUGUCCACCUUCUGCAUAAGUGCCUUCAAUAUGGAAAUUAUAUCAAUCAGGGUACCGCGCUGUCGAAAGCUGUCGGCUUCAAAUUAUCAUCGCUGCCAGCAAUAUUGAGUGCUAAGGGCAAGCAGAAAAACGUCCCUAAUCUUCGACUUGUCGAUCUUCUAGCACAGUUCGUGGAGUUCGAUACAAUAGCGCUCGAGAAUGUUAUUUCUUCUUUGCAGGCUGCAAAGUCCAUCACUUUGGGUGAUGUUGAAACCGCAUCAAAAGAAUUAAAUGCUUCUGUUAGCCGACUGAAACAACAGUUGAAUAGCAGAGGAUCUGAGGAUGCGGCACUACUAGAAGCCUAUCAACCAUUUCUUGAAAGCGCUAAUGCUAGUGGAUUGAGUUUGGUUGUCGAUCUACAAUCGUUACGAGCAACUGAGAACUCGAUGCAGUUGUUCUUAUGUGCGAAUUCCAUGAAACUGGAAGAGAUUAUCACUACUGCAGCAGAUGCACUUACAAUGCUUGCAAAGUCUAUCAAAGAUCGAGCAGCAGUAAAAAUGCGGUCAUCGUCGGUCUCCAUGUCAGCAGGUCGUCAAACAGCUGGCCGCGAACGUUUCACAAUGCACCGUCGCAGUCUGCAGCCAAAUCGUCCCACCGUUGAGACGAUGAGGCAAAUGUUUCUUGAAGCUGCUAACCAGUAG